AUGCAGGGCAUCCAUACCUUAAAAACAAUAUAUGAAAGCAAUAAAUGCUCAACUUCAAAUAUAAUAUAUGCAGAUGGCUUGAAGACGCAUUCUAUAGGCUAUGAAGAAUUCGAAUCGAUUGCUGAAACGAUUUCUUCAUUCUUGAAAAACAUAACAACCUCAAGUGAAGUAGUUGGCUGCUUACUGAAACCUGGCCUUCUUCUUCCAACUUGUAUUAUUGGCUGCAAGGAAAUAUAUGCCAAGAAAAACAUCGAGGAGAUGGGUCUCCGGCGCACAAAGUCGAAAAGGUUGAAAUUGGCACCAAGUUUGUGUACUUGUUGGCAAGAGAAAUCCAAAAGUGAUCUUUUUAAUUCAUCCAUUGUUGUUUUACAAUCAUUUAACUGUAUGCAUUCUCCAUCCCUUUCUAAAAACUUUUGUCAUGGGUCUGAGUUAGCAUAUGUGAUACAGACGUCUGGUUCGACUGGAAAUCCCAAAGUUGUUCAAGUACCUCAUAGCUGCAUAGUGCCAAACAUUAUUGACCUGAAGUCUAAAUUUGAUGUUGCUCAUGAUGACAUAAUUUUACAAAGCUCAAGCAUCACAUUUGACCCCAGUAUCAUAGAAAUAUUUUUGGCAUUUGCGGCUGGAUGUUCGUUGCUCAUCGUUCCUGACCACAUCAAGCAGGUCCCUAGGAAACUUUCUGAAAUGAUUGUGGAAAAAAAGCCUACGAUUAUUCAGGGAACACCUUCUUUCAUUGAAAGCUUGGGAAAUGAAUUUUUGAGAAAGGUUAUUCUAUGUAAAGACUCUUUUGUCCUUGUUUUGGCAUUUGGUGGAGAAAUAUGUCCUUCUCGGAAAAAGUUACGGAGACUGAAAUCUUAUGAAAAUAAGACCAAAAUUUUUAAUUUAUAUGGUCUAACAGAGCUAUCUUGUUGGGCUACCAGUUUCCUUUUGGAUUUCAGAACUAGUAAUGAGUCGGAAGAAAAUAAUAGUAUUCCUUUGGGGUAUCCUCUUCUGGAUACGUGCAUUGAAAUACGGAAUGAAAAUGGUGAAGAAGCUGAAGAAGGGGAAUUGUUCAUUGGAGGACCAAAGAGAUGGUGUCUAGUCAAUAAUGAAGCCUGGCCAAAAGAUUUAAAAUCGUACAUGAGACCCACCGGUGAUUUUGUACAUCGAAGCCCUGAUGGUGAUCUGUAUUUUAGAGGUCGUCAAGACAAUAUUGUCAAACUUAGAGGGCGUAAAUUGCCUUUGGACGUGAUCAAGACUUUACUUGAUGAUAAGCAUGAAAUAUUGAGUCAUGUAGUUCAUUUUGAUGCCGCAACAUCCAAACUGUUUUGUUUUCUUGUAAGUGAUAGUGAUGCCUUAUCUGAAGUUGAUUUCAGAUGCUCACUAAUUCAACAGCUUAGAUCUUCUGUGUGGAAUUUACCUGCAACUGAAAUUAUUUUUGUGCCUUUUAUUCCCACAACUACAAAUGGAAAGUCUGAUGCCAAAAAGUUAAUGGAUAUGGCUGAAAAGAAGUUAUCAGGUUCAAAAUUUGUUGAUGACACAAAUGAUGACAUUAAUGAAUUUCUUUGCUCCUUAUGGAAAGUGUAUACAAAUCAAGAAAGCUUUGAUGGAGACCAGAACUUUAUUUUACAAGGUGGGAAUUCAAUCACUGCUGUGCAGUUUGCAUCAGAUGUUGAAUGGAAGUUGCAGCUAUCUAUUCCAACACUUCUAGAAAAAAUUAUCAAUGAUACUUUCCAUGAAGUGAGCUUGCUCGUAAAAUCGAAUUUUGAACAUAAGAACUCUGGUUUUAGAAGAAAAGAAAACUUACUCAAAAGAACUUUGAUGCCUGAUCACUCAGAAUCAAAAAAGAAAUGCUGUGAUAAAUUUUUGUGCUAUGAAAUUUCGACUCGAAGAGGUUACCACAAUUCGUGUAUACAUAGAUACAUGGAGCAGGAAUGUUGUCUUCAACCAGACAAGUCGAUUUCUGAUGCAAGUAUUAAUUUGUUUUUAAAUGUUAAUUGCAAAUUUGAUUUGAAAAAGUGCAUUGAUGCUACUCCUUGUAUGGCUAGCUUUUCACAGUCAAAGCAAUUACUUGCUUUUAUUGGCUCUCAUUCUGGAAUUUUCUGUUGUGUUGAUGUUAAAAAUAGCAGAAUUUUGUGGACCGUAAGUUUUCCAGACAGAAUUGAAUCUUCAGCUUGUCUUUCUGCAUGUGGGCAUUACGUGUUAGUUGGGUGCUAUGAUCAUCAGCUGUAUUGUUGUAACGUUACUGAUGGAAUCAUCAAAUGGCAAAUAAAGGCUGAUGCAGAAAUCAAGAGUUCACCUACGGUGUCACUGAGCAAUAUUGCAUACGUUGGAUCUCAUGACAAGCAUGUGUAUGCGGCAGAUGUUGAAACUGGAGAGCUGAUGUGGAAAAAGAAAAUAUCUGAUGGUAGUAUAUUUUCAUCUCCUGCUAUUUGUGAUGAGAAUGACUCUUUAUGUGUAGCAACUUUAGAUGGAGUUAUUGCUCUUUUAAGAAUGGAUUCUGGUGAUAUGAUUUGGACUUACACUUAUGGAAAAGCUAUAUUUUCUUCCCCUAUAAUUAUCGAGUCAAAAAUAUUUAUAGGUAGCACAGAUAACUUUCUGCUCACUUUUAAAUUAGAAGGAAAGCUGAUUUACAAGUUUCCUACAGAAGGACCCGUGUUUUCAUCCCCGGCAUAUGACAAAAUAAAUGGAAGCUUACUAUUCGGGUGUCACGAUUCAUACUUAUAUUGCAUUUCUUUAAAUGGAGAUUGUUUGUGGAAAAUCUGCUGUGAUUGUCCUGUGUACAGUACACCACAUGUUUUUAAAUGUAUGACUCAGACUUAUAUCAUAGCUUCAUCAACAAAAGGAAUGUUUUAUAUCAUUGACUCUUGUCAAGGAAAAAUUAUAUCCAGCAAAAAGUUUCCCGGAGAAAUUUUUUCAUCACCUGUUUCAUUAAAUGGGUAUAUACUAUUUGGUUGUCGUGAUAACAAUUUGUAUUGUUGUACUUUAGAAUAA